AUGAAACCACAGACCUCAAAGAAACCGGCCGCUGAUCUCAUCCUGCCGAAACGAACACAAGAAGCUGCUGUGCCUUCGACGAGCGGUGCUAUGCAAAAAGAUCGGCACUGCAAAAAAAAAACCGACGGCAACGAAACCGACUCAUCCACCAAUAGCAAACGAUCACACAAUUACAAUAUCGGUACGAUAAACGUAAGCACCAUCACGAACGCGACAAAGCUCAAUGCAUUCCGAACAUUUAUCCGGACAAUGGAGCUGGACAUUAUUUUUAUCCAAGAGAUAGAUAAUGAGCAAAUAUCGUUGCCGGUCUUUAACGUCAUUGCCAACGUCGACAACUCACGGAGAGGAACCGCCAUUGCGUUAAGGGAUCAUAUCAAAUUCUCACAUGUAGAGAAAAGUCUGGAUGACCGCCUUGUUGCAGUGCACGUACACGAUACCACUCUUUGCUGCGUAUAUGCCCCUUCCGGCACAGCCUAUCGUGCCCACAGAGAGAGAUUCUUCAACAAUACUCUAGCAUUCUAUCUUCGCCACCGUACCGAGCACGUAAUUCUGGCGGGCGACUUCAAUUGCGUGCUGCGGCAAUGCGAUGGAACGGGAUACAAUAUGAGCCCAUCUCUACAAACCGCCAUUCAACAGCUACGGCUACAUGAUGUGUGGCUAAAAUUGCGAUCAAGAGAUGCUGGUCAUACAUACAUCACUGCCAACUCAUCGUCAAGGCUAGAUCGAAUCUACGUGUCUGGUGGUCUAUGCGAACAGUUGCGAAAUAUCGAUAUGCACGCCGUGGUUUUUGGUCACUCCGUCCUCAUCUGCUCACCGGAGAAGCGCUUGUGGAUCUCCAGCUGUGGUGGCAGUAUUGGACCCAUCAACGACGAAAUUUUCGCAGAUGGAUCGAAUGGUGGAUACAGUUUUCAAACACCAUAUUGUCAACUGAGACAAGCAUACGAUCGCUUCUAUCAAAACCCGGGCGUACUAUCAACAAUCAACCGCAUCAAAGGGAAAAUGCUGGCAUUGCAACGAAGAUUCACCCAAACCGUAUUGCACAUCAACGAGCCAAUUUUGGCCGGUGAGUCAUUAUCUGUCUUCCAGCUCGGUGAUCAGAGAAGAAAGCGCACGGCGAUACUGCAACUAGAAGGAGAGCAAGGAGAAAUCAUCAACGACUCGCGGAUCAUUCAAGAUCAGAUCCACCGAUAUUUUUCCGAUUUGUAUUCAGAAGAAAACAGAGAAGUAGAACAACGAGAUGAUUUCCGGUGCGACCGGAUCAUUCCAAAGAACGACGCGGCGAACGAAGCGUGUAUGAAUGAAAUCACAACAGCAGACAUUUGGACCGCAGUAAAAACUAGUGCAUCCAAAAAAUCUCCAGGGCCGGACGGAAUACCGAAGGAAUUCUAUCUACGUGCAUUCGAUGUUGUCCAUCGCGAAUUGAACCUGGUGUUGAACGAAGCUUUAACAUCGAACACUCCGGCCAAAUUCGUAGAGGGAGUAAUUGUGUUGGUAAAAAAAAAGGAACCGGCAACACGGUAA